UAGCACCUUUUGGUUGGGGAGGGAGGAGCGGGCAAGACGAUGCUGCACUUCAGCCAUCCGGUGGUGCACCCCUCCCCGCCGGUGGUGGUGCCGCCGCCGGCGCAGGCAGAGGUGGAGAUGGUGCCGCCGGCGCAGGGGCAGGCGGUGGGGGCGAACGGGGACGGGAACGGGAAUGCGCCUGCUGGGGUGAUCAUGAGGGACCCGUGGACGAGGUGCGGGCUCGUGUUCCGCCUCCUGCAGGCCGCCUUCGCGGCCGCCGCGCUCGCCGUCAUGGUGUCCACCGACGACUUCUCCUCCGUCACCACAUUCCGCUACCUCGUCGCAGCAGCAAGUGUGCAAUGCCUCUGGAGCCUUGUCGUGGCCAUUCUGGAUGCCUAUGCAAUUGUUGUCAAACGUUUCUUCCGAACUGCCCGGGCUGUCAUCAUACUUGCCCUCGGGGACUGGGUCACAGGAACACUGAUCUUCAGUGCAGCGUGUGGAUCAGCAGCUAUCACCACUCUCCUUUCCAAUGAUUUCGGAGCUUGCUCGGUAAAUCCCUGUGGAAGCUUCAUGAACGCUACCGCCAUGGCUUUCUUGAGCUGGCUUGCGCGUGCGCCGGCCUUUAUCGGGAACCUUUGGACGGCGGUCCACCGAAUACAAAAAUCAUAGUUUGUGAAACGAAAACCGGGCAGUUUGCGCAACCCGGUCCCGUUUUCGUGACCAACUUGGACGCAUCGACUGUAGCAUAUCUAACUAUAGUAUGACCGGGAAGCAACGGAUGGAUACCCGCCGAACAAAGUAUGUCAUCAAUGUUUCUGUAUAAAUUAGGGAGUAACUUGAUGUUUGAAAGGGUGGUUGUGCUGCUCAGGAUUUUUCUUCUUCUUUUUGUGGAUAGUAUGACUUCUUACUAUAUGAGGGUGGACUGGCGGUUCUGUUCUGGGGAUGAAAAGAUGGGUUACUUGUGUAGAGCUCAAGGUUGCUGAUAUGCUAUAUCUAUCUGUUUAUUUUGCUACUCAUAUAUUUUGUUAUUGAUAUAUGGAUCUUAGGUCAGGAGAUUGCUCA